UCGAUUCUCCAGCAUCUGCAGUUCCCUCUUAAAAACUAAAUGCUGAAUGUCCCGCUGAGUUUCUACAGCAAUUUGUGUCUAGUGUAAAUUUACAGAAAUGUGAGGCGGCACCGGUGGAAAGAGAACCAAAGUUAAUGUUUCGUGUGUAGGACCAUUCAUCAAACGGAUUUUAAUGUGAUAGGUUUCGAAACCAAAAUGACCAGCUCUGUUUCUAAUCCUACAGGGUUACAAUUCAUUAGAAAUACCAAAAAAGCCUUCCUGUUUCUAUGGCAACCGCACAACAAAUGCGAGUCUCUGAAAAGCAAAAAUCUGGGUGGAAUGCAAUAUUUCCUAACGAUGUAACAACACAACACCAAUCCCUUGUAUUUAUAAAAAGAAUGAUGGCUGUAGGAGUAUCUUGCAUCACAUACCUGCGUGGGAUAUUUCCAGAAGACGCCUAUAGAACACGAUACUUAGAAGGCAUGUGUGUAAAAAUAUUGCGUGAAGACAGUCGGUUUCCUGGAGCAAGCAAAGUAGUAAAAUGGAUGAUGGGGUGUUUUGAUGCCUUGGAGAAAGGAUUUCUACGAACAAUUAUUUUAGGAGUUCAUAGAGAUCCUGAGGAUCCAAAUAGCAUAAUUGAGUCUUACCAGUUUAAAUUCAAGUAUACUGCAGCGGGACCAAAGUUGGAUAUUUUAAGCAAAAACAAGCAUAUUGGAACAGAAGUAAACUUUCAAGAUACAAAAAAAGCUUCCGUACUGCUCAUCCGUAAGCUGUUUGUCUUGAUGCAGAGCCUGGAAAUUCUUCCUAAUGAUGUGUCUCUGACAAUGAAACUUUUCUAUUACGAUGAAGUGACUCCUCCUGACUAUCAGCCACCAGGGUUUAAAAAAGGUGAGUGUGAUGCUCUGUGGUUUGAAGGAACUCCCGUCCAUUUUAAAGUUGGUGAUGUGCCCACUCCAUUCCAUAUGAUGAAAGUACGGGUCACCACAGAGAAAGACACAAUGGAACAGCUGGAGAAAGAAAACAUGUUACAAAAGGAAAAUGAAUCUUCACAACAGAAAAUGGAGGAAGUCAAAUCUCCCAAAAGUGGCAUAAAUUAUGUAAAGACAUGCAAUCCAGGCCACCAAAAUACCACAGAUCAACCAAAAUUUCAGAAUUGCAUGUUUAACGAGCAACCAAUUGGUACAUCAGAGAAAGAGAUAAAGCAGUUGGUAGCAAAGGCAGCAGAGCUGAACGUAUCUGGCAACAAGACAAAAUUUGGAAAAGAGCAGGUACAAAGGUCUCAUUGCCCGCAAAGUGGAGAAAUGCAUGAAGAACCACAAAAGUUGAGUACUACGCAAACCAUUAAAGCAGUUCGACCUAAAAAGACGAUCUCUCAACUUGACCCUGCAGCUCCUAAUACUGCGGUACUUCAAGAGAAGAUCACGAAGAGAAGGAGAAAAAAUUGAAGAUUAUUCAGAUCAUAUUUGACAACCUCAUGACUAAUAAGCUAAUUGUUAAAUUAGAUUACUUUUAAUAUUGGAUUGUUUACUCACACAUAUUAAUACCAUUAUUUCAAAUAUUAGUCAUUGUUAUUAGAUCAGAAAAUGUAUAAAAUAUAUUUCUGGUAAACUACAACGAAAUAAAACAUGGUCACGUGUGCUUUAUCAC